AAGAAGAGAAGCCCGGAAGUGGUUAUUGUCGACUCGGAAAGAGUAGUUUGUGUUGAAAGGCGCCGAGCUAAAUCUCUGGUUGUUUCCUACCGUCAAUCCCACAAACAGUCGUCUUAGUCGGGUCAGCAAUUUACCUGAAUCGUGUCUGAACUAAAGACUGACACCGCUGUCCUCCGUCGAGUGGUUUUAACAGUGUCCCGUUAAACGUUGGUAGUUAGUCGUUUGUUGUGUCAUGGCGACGGGAGGCGGUGCGGCUGCUCCUCAAGUCGGUGAUGUUGAAGAAGAUGCUUCACAGCUGCUAUUUCCUAAAGAGUUUGAAAGUGCAGAGACGCUGCUGAACUCCGAGGUGCACAUGUUGUUAGAACACAGGAAGCAGCAGAAUGAGAGUGCGGAGGACGAACAGGAACUGUCAGAGGUUUUCAUGAAGACCCUGAACUACACGGCUCGCUUCAGUCGCUUCAAAAACAGAGAAACCAUCACAGCCGUGCGCAGUCUCCUGCUCCAGAAGAAGCUUCAUAAGUUUGAGUUGGCUAGUUUAGCAAACCUCUGCCCUGAAGCUGCUGAAGAGGCCAAAGCCCUGAUCCCCAGUCUGGAGGGACGGUUUGAAGAUGAAGAGCUGCAGCAAAUCCUCGACGACAUCCAGACCAAGAGAAGCUUCCAGUAUUGAUUGCAGGACCAAAUCCAUCCUUUUGAUCAGAAGUGGAACCAGACCUGGACUGAAAUCAGAUCUAAAACUGUGACUUUUGCCAUUUUCUGGCCUCAACGAUACUCAGAUUUGACCACCAUGUCCUCAGACCAACUGAAGUGAACUGUGACUCAUUGUUCACGUGUAAACUGUGUAAUGUAUAACAUUUCCUAAUUGUCAACAGAUUUUCCUUGAUGCUUUUUUUUUACACACAGGCAAAAGUGAUGAUCACACACUGUCUCACAAUGUUUUAUCAGAAGUUUUUGUUGUUGUUUGUCUUGAGUAUUUUUGAUCUGAUUAAACGUAUCUGGUUUUCCUGA